ACAGGGAUGAUACUAACGAGACAGGCAGCCAGAGAGACAGCAGGGGAAAACAGAGAGACCGGUAGGCAGAGGGAUAACUCAAGGAUCACCAUAAACACUAGACAGGCAGACAGAAACUAAGCAUGGAACAAACACCAGAUAAUAACAGAAAGACAAGAACUUAGGCAGGCACAGAUCCAAACAGGAACAGAACUAUAGGCACAGAAUAAAGAGCAGACUAAACUGUAAUAAUGUAAACACAGAACUAGGAGAAAAUACUAAGACAUGAACAAGGGACCACGAACAAAGACACAGAACUAAGAUAGGAGACAAGACAAAUACUAAGUAAACUUAAUUCUCAGGCGGGCGGCCUGAGAGCAGAGCAGGGGGAUCAUAAAGUUCAGGGGGGCGACCGAACAGGCAGAGCAGGGCCAGGGAACAGGGCAGGUAAGGCGCUAGGCCUAACAUGCAGGGAAGGGGGGCAUACGGUUCGGAAGGCCGACCCGGAGGUCAACCGAGCAGACGAGGCGGGUCAGGGGGACAAAAAAGUUCAGGAGGUCGUCACAGAGGACAACCCAACAGGCCGGGCAGAUCAGGGGGGCAGCACUGUUCAGGAGGUCUAGCCAGAGGUCGACGGUGAGAGCAGGGGCUCACCUGAGGCCAGACAGGAGACCGACGAAGGUGAGACCUCUUUGAAGGUUGGCACCAAAGGCCAAGGACUGGACAGCUGGGCUGGGGACCGGGAACAGGACACGUGGAGCUGUAGUUGGUCUGACCACCAACUGGACACGUGGAGCUGCAGUCUGUUUGGCCACCGACCGAGGCCUUGGCGCUGGUGUCAGUUCGACCAUUGAUGAGGGACCAGCAACAGGAAUAGGACGGGGACCAGGCAGGCGACUAGCAAUGCUAGCAUGCUGGGGAUAGGGCAGGACAGGCGGGUGGCUACCCGGGCUAGCUGGCAGCCUGUAAGCUACCCUGAACUGUAUCGGAACCUUCUUUCUUUAAUCCCUUAACAGGGCUAGCUAGCCGCCAGGGCACUAACAGGCAGGCAGGCAGGCAGGACAGGCAGGUGGCUAGCAGCUGGAGCGCUAGCAGGCAGGAGAAAGCUUCCCCACAGGCAGAUAGCAGGCCGGGGACCGCUGGCUGGCUGGGGGCUUGCAGACCGGAGAUCAGUGCCAGCGAGUUAGCCACAAGCCAGCCUUGGGGUUAGUUCGCUUGUGGCUAACUCGCUGGGUGCUAGCAGGCUGAGACUCCAGCAGGCAGCUAGUAGGCCGGGGAUCAGGCGGCCUGGUGCUAGCUGGCAGCCUGUAAGCUGGCACCGAGCUGUGUUUUUAGGCCUGUUCAAAACUUAACUUAAAUUAUGCUAUGCCACUUCCCUUAAAGAUCAAUAUACAGAGUGGCUGUACUCUCUCAAAGUUAUUUUUUCUGUCGGCUGCACUGCAUUGUUUAUACCCUGAACUGUAUCGGUACCUUCUUUCUUUAAUCCCUUACCUCUGUUAUUAUGUUAUUGUAUGUUAUUGCCUUGCCCAUUUUUGAAAUCCUCCACUACAUUCAACCUACGUUCAAACUACUUCGGAACAUAAACAUAGCUGUUGAACAGUCUGCUGCACACUAUCAGUAUGCAUAUCCAGCAAUGAAGCAAUACUGGAAUGUAGCUCACCCAGGUUUUGCAGGUGAAGCAACAGUGUUCAGCAGAGCAGGUCUGACAAAGCCCCACCCUUCACUGAACUCACCUGAGACAAACCAGGAAAAAGUUUUAGUUCUUCACUACAGAGACACAGAAUGAAAAUCAGACGAUCAGAUUCACCUUCAGACCAAACUACCAACUUCCUCUGACUGAGUUCAGCUACAGGAGAGAAAAGAGGAAAACACAACACUGCUGCUUCAACCUGCUGACGCUCCACACACUGAAGCUUCAGAGACAAAAUGGCUUCCAGAUCAGAGGAGGAUCUCUGCUGUCCGGUCUGUCAUGAGGUCUUCAGAGAUCCUGUUCUUCUGUCAUGUAGCCACAGCUUCUGUAAAGUCUGUCUGAAGAGCUGGUGGAGAGAAAAACAAGCACCUGAGUGUCCAGUUUGUAAGAGAAGAUCUUCAAAGGAAGAACCACCUUAUAACCUGGCGUUAAAGAAGCUGUGUGAGGCCUUCUUACAGGAGAGAGAUCAGAGAGCUUCAGAGGCUCUCUGCAGUCUGCACUCUGAGAAACUCAAACUCUUCUGUCUGGACCAUCAGCAGCCAGUGUGUGUCGUCUGCAGAGAUUCAGAAAAACACAGCAACCACAGAUUCAGACCCGUCGAUGAAGCUGCACGACAACACAAGAAGGAACUUCAGGAAACUCUGGAGCCCUUAAAGGAGAAGUUAAAGGUUUGUGAACAAGUUAAAGUGAAGUUUGAUCAAACAGCAGAACACAUGAAGGUCCAGGCCCGACACACAGAGAGGCAGAUUAAGGAACAGUUUAAGAAGCUUCACCAGUUUCUAGAGGAGGAAGAGGAGGCCAGGAUGGCUGCACUGAGGGAGGAAGAGGAGCAGAAGAGUCAGAUGAUGAAGGAGAAGAUGGAGGCUCUGAGCAGAGAGAUAGCAGCUCUUUCAGACACAGUCAGAGCCACAGAGGAGGAGCUGAGAGCUGAAGACGUCUCAUUCCUGCUCAACUACAAGGCUGCAGUGGAAAGAGUCCAGCAGCGCCCCCUGCUGGAUGAUCCACAGCUGCCCUCAGGAGCUCUGAUAGACCAGGCCAAACACCUGGGCAACCUGACCUUCAACAUCUGGAACAAGAUGAAGGACAUGGUCUCCUACACUCCUCUCAUUCUGGACCCAAACACUGCUGGUCCAUAUCUCAUCCUGUCUGAAGAUCUGACCAGUGUGAGACGAGUAGGAGAGAGACAGCAGCUUCCUGACAAUCCAGAGAGGUUUGAUGAACUCUGCUCUGUCCUGGUCAAGGAGGGCUUUAACUCAGGGACUCACAGCUGGGAUGUCGAGGUUGGAGACAGUACAGACUGGUCAUUGGGUGUGUUAGCUGAGUCUGUUCAGAGGAAGGACUACAUAGAGUCUGGAUUAUGGACAAUUGAGUUCUAUGAUGGUGAAUACUCAGCAAUGUCACCACCAGCUCCACCCAUUGAUCUCAGAGUUCAGAAGAAGCUCCAGAGGAUCAGAGUGAAUCUGGACUGGAACAGAGGAAAGCUGUCGUUCUCUGAUCCUGAUACUAACACACACAUACACACCUUCACACACACUUUCACUGAGAGGAUGUUUCCAUACAUUUACAUUGGCGAUUAGCUGAAGCUGUCAGCAGUGAAGGUCUGUGUGACAGUGGAACAGAGCAGUUAGAGAUAAAGAGGAUGAUUAUAUUCAUGAGGUUGAUUUCUUAAAAGGUUCAGUGUGUAAUAUUUCUGAUGAUUUGACAGAAAUGCAAUAGAAGAUCCAUAACUCUGUUUUCAGUGGUGUAUAAAGACCUUAUAUAAUGAGCUGUUUUUCUUACCUUAGAGUGAGCCAUUUCUAUCUACAUAACCGCGGGUCCCCCUUACACGGACGUCACCAUGUUGCGUUGCCAUGUUUUUAGUGCUACAGAGCGUGUUUCGUCACUACGUUCUUCUUCCGAUUCUUCUUGUAUAAUUCCGGCAGUUUAGACACUCGUCAUUGAAUGCGAACAAAGAAGAAGAAGAUGAAAUAAUAAUAAUCAGUCGCUGAGUAGUCAUCUGGUUCAUUAGAAGUAAGAAGAGAAGUGAAGUUAUUAUUUAGCACGAGCCGACGAAGAUGCGAAAACAUGAAGAAGCCAGAGUAAGACAGAUGAUGGCAAACAUAAAGGAUAUAAUUGUUGUGGAUUUUCUCAGAUGGAAGGAGCUGAUGUUUUCUGUUGGACAGGUAAUUAUGUUAGUCCACCUUGCAAAUGAAAACGAAUGUUUGAUAACUUUAGCCAGAUGAUGACCAAGAUCACCGAGAGAAGUAACGUGCUCCCUUGUCAGUGGGGUAAAAUACACAGUGUGUAUGGCGUGUCCACUCUUGGUUAAUAAAGUUAUGAAUAAUAAUAUUCGGGAAUCUCACCUCUUUCCAGACUUGAUAACCACCGUGCCUGAUCAGGGAGGAAGCAGGUAAAUACUGAAAUAAGUCCUAUCUUAUCUCUAAUUGGUGGAAUUGGCGUUGUUACAACUCUCCCUAUUUACAAUCAUACCCGGUCUCCCCUACUAAUUUUUUGCUGCUUAUACAUCUGCACCUUUACACAAGUUCAUUGCAAUGCUUUGUUAUAUUUUUUAUUUAUAACAUUAAUUGGAUGUCGUUUGUAUUGAUAUUUAAGUAAAGAAUGUGAAAACUUUCAGCGGGGAAUAUCUGAUAGGCCUACUUGAGUGUAUUUUGCUUGCUUGUACUUAUUUAAAGGUUUUAUUAAAUGUAAUCCUCGGGGAAGGGCUGUUAUAAUAUGAGCACAUACUAAAGACAGUUAUUGGAGAAGCUCAUUUGCAUGUGUACAAAGUGUCACGGAGUCUUUGAUGUCGCCUCAUUGUUACUGAAACGAGGCCGAGGCUUCCCUCUGCAGAAUGUGCAGAUGAAGGCGGAGGAAUGCAUUGUUGUGCACCAUGAAUGGAGGCACAACAAUAAUAAGUGUGCUGCAUGCGGCAUGCUUCAAAUACCGUUCUCACCACCGAGUGUUACAGGGAGAUGCUCAGCGAACAGAUCAACACUGAUUCAACGGUCGGAUAUCCAGCAGCAGCGUCCUAAUGAAGCCCGUUAAGCUGCUUAUUACCAUGCGGCUGCACUUAUAGGCAAUAAACUGGAAGAGCUGCUGGGAGAGCUGGAGGGAAAGUGGGACCCACACUUCCCAGUUGCCUGCUCUGAAUGGUGAGAGUGUGAGAAAGCUGUCUUUGUCCUCCAAGCAGCAGCUGGACCUUUCACUCUCUGACAGCAUGUUUACUCUGCCGACACCAAACUCCCGCCAAAAACACUCCACAAAGAAACCCUCUGAAGUUUGGAGGAUAGUUUUUCCUGUUUAUAUCUGGACUCACAUUUCAUGAUAUUUUCUCAGCUAACAGCAGGUUGUUUUAGAAUUACAUCACUAUAAAAUAAAAUCAAUAGGGACUAAAAGAGGGGGAAGUGGAAAUAAAAAAAGACUCCAUUUCCAUGAGUGAAUUCACAACACACACAUGCUUAAGGUUUAAUUAAUUUUUUUAGGUUUAAUAUCUAUUUUUAUAUUUUUUUUCUACACAAACGCACGCUUUUACUGUCUUGACUUUAUUUUUAAUAAAUGUAUUUUUUAUUAUUGUUUUAUUUUUAAACACACGCAAACACACACUGUUUUAUUGAAAUUAAUUGGUCCUUUGUAAUUUAUUUUUUUGCUUUGGCAAUAUUGUUUUACAUUCAUGCCAAUAAAGCGGAAUUGAAUUGAAAUUAAAUUACAAAAAAAGAAAACUGAGAUGAAUAAGAGGGAAAGAAAUUGUGUGACAAUAAUAAUUUUGCUUGUGUUUGCUGUGGCACCAGCUCAUCAGCAACUUAAGAGAUAUAAGAAGUUGGAGUAUGUUACAUUGACUUGUUUUGUUUUUGUAGGGCCUUCUGCUCUGUUUAAAGAUUUAACCACUGUGCGAUAUUGAAGUUGUUUUCUGUUCUUCUGAUUAUAAGCGAUGGGAUCCUACAUGAACAAAAACAUUAGAGUCCUCCUUUCACGGUCCUGAUGAAGCAGAUCAGAGGAGUUAAACACUCGCCAAAUUAUGUCUGAGGAUGUUUUGUAUUUUUUGAUAUUUCAUGUCAGAGAAAUACAUUUGGUUUGAAACCAAGUUCAGUGAAAUUAUAUAAAUAUAAAUGAUAACCUUCCAAAAUAUUACAUAUACAAUAUACAUAUUUACAAAUGACUAUAUACCAACACUAAACAUUUUG